AUGCUGUGGGGUCAGCAGAAGCAAAAGUCAUCGCAGCAGCAGCAGCAAGAGCAGCAGCAGCAAGAGCAGCAGCAGCAAGAGCAGCAGCAGCAAGAGCAGCAGCAAGUGCAGCAGCAACAGCAGCAGCAACAAGAGCAGCAGCAGCAACAGCAGCAGCAGCAACAGCAGCAGCAGCAAGAGCAGCAGCAGCAAGAGCAGCAGCAACAGCAGCAAGUGCAGCAGCAGCAACAGCAGCAGCAACAAGAGCAGCAGCAGCAACUGCAGCAGCAGCAGGAGCAGCAGCAGCAAGAGCAGCAGCAGCAAGAGCAGCAGCAACCGCAGCUUACGCUGCAAUCUUAUCGAAUAGCUGCUGGUUAUACGGUUUGCUGCUCUCCGACUGCAGCACGAGCUGCUGCACCUGGCCUAGGGCAGAGCUGCUGCCUAUCUCGCAACAGCAAUAGCAGCAGCAGCAGCAGCAGCAGCAAUAGCAGCAGCAGCAGCAGCGACAGGAACACACCGGGAGCAGAUGUAACGCAUUCAUGGGGAGGCACUCCAUGCAGCAACAGCAGCAGCAGCAACCGCAACAGCAGCAGCAGGAGCAACAGCAGCAGCAGCUAUAUCCGCAGCAGCAGCAGCAGCAAGUGCUCCACCAAGGCCUUAACAACAGCAGCGGGGACAGAAGCAUCCAGCCACCUGUCCAAGCGUAGCAGCAGCAGCAAAGAUAGCAGCAGCAGCAGCAGCAGCAGAUAUAUCAGCAGCCGCACCAACAGCAGAUACAGCGACAGCAAAGAGAGCAGCAACUGCAGUGACAUGAGGACUAGCAGCAACGCUAGCAGCAGCAGCAGCAACAACAACACUUGCAGCAGCAGCAGCAGCAGUAGCGAUCCACCCAGCAUCAUCAUCAGCAGCAGCACCGCUCGCAGCAGCAGCAUCAUCAGCAGCAGCAGCACCGCUUGCAGCAGCAGCAGCAGCAGCAGCAGCCGCACCGCUUGCAGCAGCAGCAGCAGCAGCAGCAGCAGGUGUUUUACCUUGUUAAGCUGCACUCCGUCAGCAGGGACAACGGCGCCCAGGGGGACUCUGACUAUGUCUCCUAUCUGCAGCAGCUCAACGGGGAUGAUAGUAGGUCAUCAUCAGAAGCAGCACCGCUUGCAGCAGCAGCAGCAGCAGCAGCACCGCUUGCAGCAGCAGCAGCAGCAGCAGCAGGUAUUUUACCUUGUUAAGCUGCACUCCGUCAGCAGGAACAACGGCGCCCAGGGGGACUCUGACUAUGUCUCCUAUCUGCAGCAGCUCAACGGGGAUGAUACUGCUGCUGCUGCUGCUGCUGCGAAAUCACGCGGGGGACCUCCCUCCUCCUCCUUCUUCCCUGCUGCAGCAGCAGCAGCAGCAGCAGCAGCAGAGGCAGCAGCAGAAGCAGCAGCAGCAUCAGCCAGGAGAAUGGCGGUGUGGGGUCGUGUUGCUGUAAGCCGCCCCACAGCAGCAAACGCCUGUCUCCUCGCCCUUGUCUGCAGCAGCUUGCCUAGCAGCAGCACAGCUAUAAGAACAGCAGCAGUAUCAUAG